GCGCAUUUGUCGGACUGUAUUUGCGUGCAGGCCUAACUGCUCCCUGCCUCCCCCUCGCGGAGAGAUGAGUACCUCCUCCGCUCAGCCUCAGACUGGGAAGUGUCUUAUGUGAAUCGGGGAAAUCCGCAGUGUCGGGGUAGUCAGAAUUUCGAUUGAUUCAACCAAACCGGCUAUUUAACAUUUCCUUGACUGUGAAGGCAGACGGUGGAACUGCAACCCUGCAUUCGAAAAAGGAGGACGAGUACUUCGCCAUGAACUGCGACAUGGACGGUGACACGGAGAACCAGGUGGAGCUGGAGGAAAAGACGAGGCUCAUAAAUCAGGUUCUGGAACUGCAGCACACACUGGAAGACCUCUCCGCGCGGGUGGAUGCGGUGAAGGAGGAGAACCUGAAGCUGAAGUCUGAGAACCAGGUGCUGGGGCAGUACAUCGAGAACCUCAUGUCUGCUUCCAGCGUCUUCCAGACCACCGACACAAAAAGCAAACGAAAGUAAGGGGCUGCCUGCCGGCCUCCCGCCCCCCCCCCCCACACCCCCCCUCCGCACCCCACAACCCCACCUCUCCCUGCCCAUGAACUACCCCUGGCCCCACUCACUGCCCCCAUCCCUCCCAGUUUACUCCUCUUCACCCCCACAUUAAACAAAUGCACAUGAAGCUUCUUUAAAAUUAUUUUUAAGUAUUAUUACUUUACAGUUGUUGUUUUUUUUUGUAAUUAUUUGCUCAUUUUUAUGAGGUACUGUGAUUUCAAUGUGUUUUUUUUUUUUCUCUUGUCAUCUCAAAAAAUAUUCUGUAUGUACAAAUUUCUCCACGGGCAGAGUUUUUACAGGGGACUUUUUUAAAGACUGUAAAAUAAAAAUUUAGAAAACGAACAACUUCUUAUGUCCCGUACGGGAACAAGCUUAGCGUUCACCGUGCACCGCAUACCGAGCUCAGUCCUGAUUUUUAGCCUCUCUGCUUAACUGGAAUGGAAGGGACUGUUUGCAGGCGAUCCAGGUUGUAGGACAGUAUAAGUAAACACUAAGUGGGUCCUGCUGUUAUAUGGUACAGUGUGUAAUUAGUGUGUCGGUGUUUGUUCUGAAGUGCUCAGUGAAGACUGCUGUGCUAGGGACUGCAUGGAAAGAAAUGCUUCUCUUUCCCUGUAAUUUUAUCGCUGAACAACUUCACCUUUGCAAAGACUAUUUGAGCUGGCUGAAUUUAAAACUCUAAAAUUUAAUUCGGUUGUAUUUGGAAGCCGGUGAUAUUACUGACUCUUGUUGUUUUUUAAUUUUGUGUUGGUUCUGAAGUGGGGGGUUGGGGUGGGUGGGGGGGAGAAGGUGGAUGAACAGGAAAAGCACAGAAAAAUGUAACUCGGAUUGCAUUCCCUUUCCUGCUGCGAAUUGUGUACGUUCUUUUUUUUUUUUAAGAGUUUGGGAAGGUUCAGGUAGAUGGUAACAGCGUGAGCACAAUGGCACCAACGUCAGCCACUUAUCGAGAGCUGAAACGGCUUCUAUCGGCAAAAAGUAAAUAAAUAAAUACAUAAAAAGCACUCGGUCUUACCCCUAGUGUCACUGAAACAGAGCUGCUCGUACAUACACGUAAGAUGUCCAAUGUGGGGAAGUUCAGUGUACUUGAGUAUGAAAUAAAAGUAAAAUGUAUUCCUUUAAUUUCAGUCUGCCCUGCACCAUGACCCACAGGUCCAGAAGUGCUUAUCAAGGCCUUAGAGCCAAUCGGAGAAAUGGGGGAAAGAGUUUUUGUGGUUCUGCAAAACGACCACUUUCCUUGCAGGGUUUCCAGUUUCACUCAAGAAUGUCAACAGACUGUUUAAGUUUAACAUGAUUACCUGGUAAUUCUGUCCACAUCGUAAGAGACUUCCUCAAUCACAAGGUAGACACACAGACUGGCAACUAAAGCAGACUCUUUACUCUACAUUAACUUACAGAGGUGAAGAGCUAAUAACAAACAGUGAUCAAUCAGUAAGUGGUACCUAUAGCUGGUCUCUAAAAUAAUUAUAAAUCAUAUAAGAAAAAGUAUUAAAUUAAUGAAACUCCUUUAUAUAAAAUUGUACCGCAUGAAUAGAUAUUAAGAGGGAGUAAAACAAAAUAAAGAUGUUUGAUUGGAUGUACCAAAUGCUGGUAAAAUAGGCGUACAGAUGCUAGUGAGGGCUGGUGAAUAGCGAACCUUAUUUCAUCUCCUUCAGAAGGCUGGGUGACCUUAAUUUCGGCAGGGUUUCCACACUGUCUGUGGCGGUGUCUUACCAGCACGGGAUGAAAACGCAUUUCUGUGGCCGAGAGACCGGGCCCAGCUCUGGUCAUCACUCUCCAGACUACCCGGCAUCGACUGCUUUAAAAAAAAUAAAUAAAUAAAUAAACAAAAGAGCACGUUAAGUGAUAUUGAUCCGUGCUAGCAUUUCAGAUGGUCCUGCGCAUUAGCAUACAUUUACCCGGUGGAAGUUGGGCUGUGUAUGCUCCAUUUAUUGCAGUAGUGGGGUUAUGGAUCUCAAGACGCUCUCUCUGUUAAUGUAGAAAAAAAAAAUAGCCUUGAUAGUCUGGAAAGGAAUAGCCUUCCUGUGUUUUGGUGCCAUGGUGCUUUUUAUUUUUUUCUAGGAGAGAACCUGGGAUGAUCUCUUAGCACAGGAGAAUCUUGCUGUUUGCGUCUUUGUUCUAACACACUGGCCAUUUAAUAUUAUUACAGUGGUUUGCUUUCCUCUGUGACGGUAUGCUUACACAUCUUAAAACAUGACUGCCCUGUGUGUAGAUUGUGUAAAUUUUACAACUGUGUUGCCUUUUUAACAGUUUUUUUUUUAGUUGUUGUUGUUUUAAAUAAAAACAUUACUGGUUUUGCGUGA